AUGGGCCUCAAGCGAAAGGCUUCCUCGCUUGAAUGCGACUAUGCAUUCCACCAGCAACAACAGCCAUCCUCGCCACCCUCAAUGACAUUCUCCUCCACCACUUCGUCACCAGACAGCAUGAUCACCGAGCCUUUCCACACCACAUCUACCUAUCACCUCCCCAUAACGACCAACGCGCCUUGGCUGAACUCACGAACGCGCAAACGCGUACGCGACAACCGGCCAGAUGAAUCUCAGAUUCAUUCCGACACAGUGCGAAAGCUUUUCGAAGCACAGAAGCCACACCUUCCGCAAGAAGACGCGAUGAUGAUGGACAGCGACGACUUUUACCAGAACAACUCGUUGCCUACACCACCUAUGGACGUUGAGGAAGAGAUGGCAGAGGACCCAGCAAAUGAAGACGCGUCAGCAGCGGCAACAGCUGAUCUGCUUGUCCCCGAGGCGAAUCAGCGCAGCUUGCACGACUUCUUCCGCCGUCAGCAGCCACAUCAACAGGUCAACGUUUUUCCGCUCACGCCGCCCGCCGUUGUGGAAAGCACUGUCCCACUCUAUACCCAGCAAAUUCUGUUUACUACUCGUCCACCGACACAGCAAGAGAUCGCUGCAGGUGCGCCGGCCCCCGUCCUUCGACAGCGAUCGUCCAUGGGCGUUCUCGGGGAGAUCAACACGCCGCCGCCAUCGCGUGAUGAGCAGCAAGAUCCUUCAGAAGGGCAGUCCACGUUCGCAGGAGGGGUGCUGGCUUGUGGGUUCCGGAGCAAGGUUGAGAUUGAGGCGGGUUUGUUCGGCGGGAUUGGUGUUGAUGUUGCUUCCGGGGCAGAUGCUAUGGUCAUGGGCUGA